UAUGAGGCGAACAGAGCUCAAUUCCUGGCCACAGUGCGGAACGUGACUUGGUCGAGGCAACAUCAUCAGCAUGGAUCUGGAGCAGGCACACAGCAGGCUCAGUCAAAUACUGAAAAGCCAUAAGCCCAACUAUCUGGGUGUGCAUAUUCAGGACUUGCUGCUCAGGUCAGGCCAAACCUCGAAAUGGAGUCCAAAGUUGGUCAAAUGGCUUAAGGGGUUUCUGGGGCUCAUAGUGAUGCUAUUCAGUUUGAAGUACUACAACGAGGAGCUACAGGGACAGAAUUGUUUCCUUUCCUUGCCUCGUCCCUUGCGGUAUGCUCUUCGUCCACCCGAGAAUUGUGAGUUCUGUGUGAACAUCAAAAAUGUGCCACGCCUCCAGGAGAUCAGUCCCAAUGAGUUUGAGAGAAAAUACGCGUACAGUGGGGCGCCAGUAAUUGUCAGCGAUGCCACCCAAAAUUGGACAGCAAUUACACUCUUCAACUACUGGUACUUUCGAGAUGUCUACGGCAAGGCUAUGCGGAAGCAACGCAUAAAGGACUGCCAGUUUUUGCCGUAUAAGACGGGAUUCCAAGAUAUCUACGAGGCCCUGGAUAUGCCGGAAGAGCGGGUUGAGCUGAAAGAGGGAGAGAAGCCCUGGUACUUUGGCUGGAGCAAUUGCCAUACGGAAACGGCAGAGGAGUUUCGCAGGCACUACGGAAGGCCCUAUUUUUUGCCCGAAAGUUCAGAGAAUAAUGCAGUCGAUUGGUUCUUCAUUGGCACAUCCGGACUGGGCGCACAGAUGCAUAUUGACAACGUAAGAUUGCCCUCGUGGCAAGCGCAGCUGGCAGGAAGCAAGCGCUGGCUGCUGGUGCCCCCACCCGAGUGCUAUUUCCAAUGCCGCAGCUUCGAUGUGGUGGUGCGGCAGGGUGACAUUAUUGUAUUGGACACCAACAAAUGGUACCACCAGACCUUUGUCCAGCCCGGAGCCAUCAGCCUAACCAUCGGGGCUGAAUAUGACUAGACUCAACCGGCUUGAGGCGGGUUUUCCGCCCAACAGGAAACGGCUGCCUCGACAUCUCCAUCUCAGAGGCUGUGG